GUUGCCGAGGCUUGGUGCUGAUGGGACUGGCGGCGGCGAGGGCUACCAACGAGAGGGUGGCAAGAGACAGAGAAGGGCAAACCAUCUUGAUGAGUAGUUGGAUCGUCUGCUGGUGUAGGCGUGUGUCGAGGACGUGUUACUAGUAAGCAAUGAAGUGAGAAUCUGUGGUGGUUCCAAAAAAAAGAGAGGGCAAAGUGUGGAUGUUGAUGGGAGUUGGAGAAUGGAAGAUGGCAGAGGUUGACAGGUCUGGGUUGGGGGUGUUAUAUAGGAGAGCAGGAGGGUGGACGAGGCGACAGAUCACUCGACAGAUAAACUGCCUCUCCCGAGGAGAGAAGGAAGCCGCCGUAAGCCAAAUCAGUAGAUGCUCAUGGAAACCGACCGACCGACGCUUCGUUCAUGGAAGGAAGUGAACCGCGGGUCCUGCCAUGGCAGGUAUGGCAGGUACGGCGGGCAAGGAAACCGUCGGGAAAGAACCAUCUCGGGAAGCUGCAGAGAGGUCUUUGGCUUCCUCGGUCCUGCCUUGGUAACGCCAACUUCCUCGUGGCAAGGUAACAUGUCAUGUCAAGCGAUUCUGGGGCGACACGGCA